GUAGAAUCAAGCUAUGCUCAACACUCAUUCUUUACGAUCGAUUCAAUCUUCUGAUCAUGUGCAACAAAAAGUGAUUUUCAUAAUCAAACCUGUACUGGUAAAUGCAGUUCAUUCUUUGUUCUCUGUUCUCAGAAGAUUUCCAUCGAAAAAAAGUUCUCAACAUAGCCGAUCUCGGUUGCGCGACCGGUCCAAACACGUUCUCCGUCAUUUUGACCGUGAAAGAAAGCUUGGAGAGGAAAUGCAAGGAGUUAAAUUGCCAACCGCCGGAGCUUCAGGUUUACUUGAACGAUCUUCUUGGUAACGAUUUCAAUUCGCUCUUCAAAGACUUGCCUAGAUCAGUGAAGAUCAAAAGAGUGAUGUUCUUCUUCCAUGUUUGUGAAGGGAGCUCCUAG